AUGAAGGAAGAAAAGGAGAACAAACCUAAGAAUAAGCAAGUGACCCUGCUGACGCCCCCCGGGGCCUCAAGCAGCGGCAAUGGGAGCUCAGGCGAUGGUGCCAAAGGAGAAGAUAAACAUGAACGAAGCAAGGAGAAGAAAGAGGCUCUGAGCAAGGUGGUGAUUCGAAGAUUACCUCCCACUUUGACGAAGGAGCAGCUUCAGAAACAUCUCCAACCUAUGCCUGAGCAUGAUUAUUUUGAGUUUUUUUCUAAUGAUACUAGUCUGUAUCCUCAUUUGUAUGCUAGAGCAUACAUCAACUUUAAAAGCCAAGAAGACAUUAUUUUGUUCCGGGAUCGCUUUGAUGGUUACGUGUUCCUUGACAAUAAAGGGCAAGAGUAUCCAGCUGUCGUGGAAUUUGCACCUUUUCAAAAAGCGGCGAAAAAGAAGACUAAGAAGAGAGAUUCCAAAGUUGGGACUAUCAAGGAUGAUCCAGACUAUAGAAAAUUUUUAGAAAGUUAUGCCGGCGAUAGUGAGAAGAAGAUAACAGCUACACCCGAGACGAUGCUAGAGGAAAUAGAAGCAAGGAAGAAAGAAUCAAUAGCUAAAAAGACAACUCCGCUUCUGAGCUUCCUGAAAAACAAGCAGCGAAUCCGAGAAGAAAAGAGAGAAGAAAGGAGGCGGCGCGAAAUAGAAAGAAAGAGACAACGAGAAGAAGAGAGGAGAAAGUGGAAAGAAGAAGAGAAGCGUAAAAGGAAAGAGAUGGAGAAACUAAAGAAGACUGACAGAGUUCUGGAAAUGGAAAAAGUAAAGGAUGAACCAAAGAUUAAGCUGCUGAAGAAGCCAGAAAAAGGAGAAGAAAAGGAGACGGACAAAGGAGAAAAAACCAAGCAACUGGACAAAGAAAAUGUGAGUGAUGAAAGAGCCAAUGGGCAAACUGGUACAAUUCCCAAGCGAUCUGAUAGUGAGCUUAAAGAUGCAAAGCCAAAGAGAGCUGAAGAGGAGAGUGGCAAAAACUACAAGAAGGAACGUGAUUACGAACGGGAACAGGAGCGCGGAGUUCGAGAGAGGGAGAGGCAGAAGCGGCAAGAGGAAGAGCGUCGUAGGCAGAAGGAGCGUUACGAGAAAGGGAGGAUGUUUAAAAGAAAGGAAGAAGAAAUGAAAAAAGAGAAAGAAGCACUUCAGGAUAAAGGAAAGAAGAACGAAAGUAGAGAAUCAACUGGCAGCUCAGACAAAACCGAAAAGAAAGAGGAAGUGGUUGUUAAGAAGGAGCGCAUAAGAAACAAGGAUCGCCCUUCAAUGCUGCUUUACCAAGCAGGAGCUAGAAGCCGAAAUCGACCCUGUCCUCCUGAUGACAGCGCCAAGUCUGGAGAUGCAGCCGCAGGAAAAAAAGCGGAAAAGCAUUAA